AUGUCAGAGACGUGGAAGUGGUACUUGCUUAGCCUUCCAACGGGUCGUGCCUAUCUUGGGUAUAAACCUACAUCUCAACCGCAGGCAGUGCCGAUUGGUCUCUCCUCUCAACUGCGUUGGAUGAGUACCUACCUCAAAAUGCUCAGUUAUUUGACUGAGAAGGGGUGCUCUAGGCAGCCCAGAUCACGCAGAAGGGGCGAGAGAAAGUCUGCGUAUGACCAGCAGUCCUCUACCUUUUUGAAUGUCAAGGGUAGUGUGGUGGUGAAUGGCAAGUACGAAUGUGAUCAGUGCAUCCUCUAUGAAGACGGAAACCCGGACAGUCUGGGUUCCUUUGCUCUCGGGGAGCCCUUUUGUCCAUCCUCCAAGGUAGGCAGUUCAAAUGUCCAGAUCUGGAAGGCGAAAUACGAUUACACCACUAUUAUCGAGACAUUUCGCAGAAUUGAGCAGGCCAGCAGCAGCACCUUGAAUGAGGUGGCAUACUGCUCUAAAAGACAGACGCUUGCUAUACCUCCCACUUACGCCCGUUUCCUCUAUGGUGUCUCAUAUAGUCAUAAAACAGAGCGCCAAACUGGAUUUCAAGUAACAUCUUCCAACGAGUGUGCUGUUUCCCCAUUUCCCGAAUUUGUAGCAGAUAACCUCCAAACGCCUACAUCGCUGAAAAGAUCGUAA